UUACUAACAAUAUUUACCAAAAUAGCAAUGUUUUUUUCAUAUUUAAAUUGAAUCCAGUUAGAUUUUUCGUGCCGAUUUCAUUUUUAAUUAGUGUCAACAGCGUUUUUCUUCAGUCCUGGUACAUAAACAACUUUUAUUUGAUAAUUUGCUUGAAAACACUUUCAAAGUAACUUUGUUUUUGUUUAAUUCACCAUGUUAACUGCUUCCUUUUUGUAAAAUCACUGUUCGUGAAUCUUUUGAAUUAAGCUUUGUUUUUACUGACAAUUAAAUUAUUCUGCUUAAAAUUAAAAUGACUACAAACAAGAGGAUUAUUUAUGUCGGUGGACUUGCCGAUGAAGUGGAUGAAAAAACUUUGAAUGCUGCUUUCAUACCAUACGGUGAUAUAAUUGAUAUUAAUUUGCCUAUUGAUUUUGCAUCUCAAAAACACCGAGGUUUUGCAUUCAUUGAAUAUGAAUCAGCUGAAGAUGCAAGUUAUGCUAUCGAUAAUAUGAAUGACUCGGAGAUCUACGGUAAAACAAUCCGAGUUAACAUCGCCAAGCCUUUGAAACUUAAGGAAGGAUCAGCUCGACCAGUAUGGUCUGAUGAUCAAUGGCUCCGUAAACAUUCUGGUGUUGCCGAAGAAGCUAAAGACGACGCAGAAAAGGACAAAGAUGGAGAUGGAGAGGAUGACGACAAGAUGGAUGAUGAUGAUGUCGUCAACACAGAUCUAGAUUCAGAAAAACAAGAGGUUGCUCGUUUAAAAUCCAACCCACAAGUCUACUUUGAUAUACGAAUUGAUGGACAUUUCAGUGGACGAAUCAGAAUUAUGCUGAGAAAAGAUAUUGCCCCAUUGACGUGUGAAAAUUUCCGAUGUCUAUGCACCCAUGAGAAAGGUUUUGGAUACAAAGGAAGUGUAUUCCAUCGGAUAAUUCCCAAUUUUAUGAUUCAAGGAGGAGAUUUUACAAAUAAUGAUGGAACUGGCGGAAAGUCUAUUUACGGGAAAAAGUUUGAAGAUGAAAAUUUUAUUCUCAAACACAAUGUUGCCGGUUUACUUUCAAUGGCUAACUCUGGUGCAAACACAAAUGGUUCCCAAUUUUUCAUUACGACUGCUAAUUGUGAAUGGUUAGAUAAUAAACACGUAGUCUUUGGACAGGUUGUCCAAGGGCUAGAAGUUGUCAAAAGAAUCGAAGCGUGUGGAACUAAAUCAGGUAAACCAACGAAAAAAGUUGUUAUUGCCAACUGUGGUGAACUUGUAUAGUGUAUUUCAUUCAAGUUUAUUAAAAUUUUACUUUGAUAA